AUCAUUCAUGAUAGAUAUUAUGACAAUAUAUUUCAUUUUGUGUCCACAGUUUAAAGCUGUGUGUUUGAUCGAUUCGUGUGGAAGUGAGACAAACUUACAUAAUAAUAUUGGAUAAAAACAAAUAUAAUUUCUCAAAAUAGUCAUGGAAUCAAAGAUACAAGUCACUAUGAGUUACAACUGAACUAAACAGGUUCCGAACCAGCAACAUAGUGAACCUACGACCUCGUUACUGUACUGGAUUAUUGCGUGUGAAACUCGGACCACAUUAACCCUGAUGUGCAGAAUGACCGCCAAAUGCAUAGAACAGCUGACACUUACACUGCUAGUAUAUUGCGUUUCAUACUCUACUUGUUGGUUAUCUGUCGAGAAAACAUUCAACGGAGAACUCAAACCAAUGGAUCCCAAUGUUUGCGCAACACAGAAUAUUACUUUUACAAGUGUGCUGCUCGAAGAACCAAAUGUCAACUUUUCAAUUGGCUUUGCUGUUAAGAAUAGAAGAACAAAAGGAAAAUAUGUGGCAGUUGACCAUGACAAAAUAAAAAAGAUCAAUGACACAGUGUCGCAGUUCACAGUGUACAACGUCAGUUUCGGAACCGAAGACGUUACAGAACUGUUUUAUUUUUAUGUUCGUAGUUACUACUGGAAGACAUUUGGUAAUACAAAUGGCACCCUUCAGCUUGGAAAAACAACUGCUUCACGUGUUUACCCACUACCUAAGAAGGUUCAAGAUUUUAAGUGCAUUGUGCUUAAUUACCUGUCAAUGAGAUGCACUUGGAAUUAUGGGAAAGAGUAUGGAGAAGAAAAUAUGCCAGAAGUAAUAUUUCAGUGGAGAAUCCCUUCAUUUUCGGGAUCGUGGAAUAAUUGCAGUGACCUAAACAUAGUGGAUAGAUAUUGCUGCUGGCAAGAUACGAGGGCAGGCUAUUUUAAAAACACUAACAUAACUGUCAGAAUAACAUUGAAACAGAAAUGUGAUAUUAACGUCUCUUCAGAGUUCCGCAUAGACACAUCAAGAAUCGUUUCGCCCAUAUCCAAAGAUGAAGUCACAAAAAUUCAGCCAAAGGAAAUUUUAAAAUAA